UCAUGCAAAUUCAUUAUCAUAAGAAAUAAUUAAACAAAUCAAGCAUUUAAAUGAUAAUAAAACAUUUUUGUCGACACAAUCAUGUAUUUUAUAGGUUUUGUCUUGUUAUAAAACAGACGACUUGCUUCAUGGAGUCUCACAGCAAUGGAAUUAAGCCAGCUUUCGUACAUUUUCACAGCGGAAGAAAUAUUUUAAGCUACAUUAACUACGGCAUCACAACAUCACUAUAACAUGGAGAAUAAUGAAAGCGAAAGUCUGGAAGAUGAACUAUCAUCGUUCCGGCUUCAAUGGCAACAAGAGUUACAGCAGAACAGAUGUACAUCAUCACAAAAUAUAACAUCAAGAUCAGCUGCUAGUUCUACGGAAGAGGAAAGCCUAGAAAACAGGGCCAAGAUGCUUUUCCUUAAUGGAGUUGCAUUGGAGAGAGAAAGAAAGCUUCCUGAAGCUAUUAGGUAUUACCGCCAAGCUAUCCAGCUUGUCCCUGAUAUUGAAUCAAGGAUAUCGGAGUUUAUUGAGGAGGAAGACAAUGGUUCAUCACAACAGGAUGAACUCAUGCGAGAGUUGAAUGAAAACAAAGAUGAGACACUUGAAGAGACUGGGUUCAACUUGUGUUUGUACAGGUCAAAAGAGUUGGAAGAUGUUGUGAAGGAAUUUGACAAAAUGAGAGUGACUGGAAUUUGUGAACCAAAAUUCCCUAGUUCUCAAACCCACAUUUCAGCUUUGCCUGCAGAGUUAUUGAUGUAUAUUUUCAAAUGGGUUGUUUCCGUCCAUCUAGAUCUUAGAUCUUUGGAAAAGCUUUCCCAGGUGUGCAAGGGGUUUUAUGCUUUGGCACGAGAUCCUGAAAUCUGGCGUUUGUCUUGUGUUAGGAUAUGGGGUGUAAAUCUUGGAUCAGUAAUUUCGUGGAAUGGAUCAUGGAGAGAGAUGUUCCUGAAGAGAGCCCAUUUAUCGUAUAAUGGAGUUUACAUCAGUAGGAUCAGCUAUACUCGACCAAGUGAGCCAACAUUUGAACAACAAUACACACCUUAUCAGCUUAUCAUUUAUUACCGUUAUCUCAGGUUUUUUACUGAUGGAACUGUUUUGUUUCUAACUAGCUCUGAUGAACCUCAAGUUUCCGUCUCCAAACUGUUAUUGAGGCCAGAUGGAAAUAACGUGUGGAAUGGAAACUAUAGAUUGGUUGGAAACAAAGUUCUGUUGUUGAUUCAGAAAGUCGAUAGCUAUGGUCAAAGCUCGUCACGGAGAAGAGGAAAAAGACAAGUUCAACCGGGAGGGAUUGAGCGGGUCUUUCAUAUGGAGAUGGAGCUACAAAACACGAAAAAAAGACGUAACAGUAAACUAUCCUGGGUUCAGUACACAUGUCAGACAUUCUGCAGAAUCAGUGGCAGUACGACUACAUCUCAUUUUGACUUGAACAACGAGCAGUUUUGUCCUUUUUACUUCUCACGUGUCAAGAGCUAUGAAUCUUCCGUUUGUCCACUCUUCUAAUACAUAGAUGACAAUUUCCUUGGCGAAAUCACGUCCGUUUAAUUUGUGCCAGAGGAAUGCAUGUUAUUUAUAGAUAAAGUUCUUCUACUCAAACUAUCAUUAGGCAAUAUACCAUAUACAUUCUUGUGUUAACAUUAAUGUUUUUGCUUUUGUUUUACCUAUGUUCUAUGUUGGACGUAUAUGCAAUUUAUUUUCCUAGGGUAGAAAUGAUAAUAUCAGUUAAAAAGCAAUAUACAAUUCAUAACUGAAAA